AUGAACUCCAACCCGCCCGGUCCUCCUAAUGGCAAUACCCCACGAGCCAAGACGAACCCGCUGCGCCCGCUGCGCAAGAAGCCAAGACCCAAUCCGUUGGUUUCGCGCAAAGGUGGCAAGCUGCCCAUGAAGCCAGUUGGCUCAGCAGCAUCCUCAUCAUCACAAGCUGGAGCGAAACCGAGCCUGGAUGAGCUUCGUAGGCAAUAUGGUGGUUGGUCGGAACCCCCGCCGCAGUAUGAAUUCAAAGACAUCCCGAUCAUGACGACAAAAAAGGCGUUGCUAGACGGAAUACGGUACCACUUGAUGAAGCUCGCAGCGCCGCGCGCCGAUGAUCCCCCUAUUGACCCAACCGAUCAAGACGAAUUCACUCGCCCUGUCACGUUACACCGCCGAGAUGCUAGGCAGCCUCCGCCAGGUCGAACAGUUAAGGUCGAGCAACCUGAUCGACCCAUGCCUGACGAUCAAGAAAAAGAACGUAUUGAGAGGAUCAAGGCGGAGAAGGAGGCUCAGAGGGCAGUAGACCAGGCCAAGAUUGCCCCUGUUGCAAAGGACGCUGUUCCCAAGCGCCCCAAGAAGCAAAAGGAGGAGAAGACGGUCUUCAACAGAGGCCCUAGGACAUCAGCAGCUAAAAAGGAGUCAGAUCUCCGAUACGAAGAAGCGCUCCCAUGGCAUCUCGAGGAUGUGGAUGGUAAGAACGUCUGGGUUGGUACCUACGUUGCUGCGCUAUCGGAAGCCACCGUCGCGUUUAUGAUUGAUAAUGCUGUCUUCCGCAUGAUCCCGUUGGAGAAGUGGUACAAGUUCAAUUCGAAGCCCCCGUUCCAGGCCAUGACCAUAGACCAGGCUGAGGAGCUCAUGGGCCGAAAGGUUGAUGCCGGUCGAUGGGUUAUGAAGGAUGAAGAAAAGCGCUCUGGUCAGGCCGAGUUGGAGGCAACCCGGCGCAUGCUCUCUGGCCACGGCCAGAUGAUCAAAACAGAAAGCGACACGUUCAAGGCCGCAUCAAGAGCUGAAAAAAUGGAGCACGACGAACUCGAUAUUUCGGGCGACGAGUUCCAAGAUGAUGAUGAGACACCAACUUUUGAAAAGAACGAGGACGAAGAUACCAAGGAAUCGAAAGACCGCAUUCGUCGGGAGCAGCUCGGCGCAAACUUAUUCGGUGAUGGUGACGAGCAGGAAGUCGACAAGGAUCUGCAUGAGCAGCUAAGGGAGGAACUUGAGCGUCAGCGCUUUGGCAAGGCCACGAAGAAGGCGCUCAUCAAGCGUGACCGCGAGGAUCAAUACGAGAGUGACAACUCCGAAGAUAACCCAUGGUCCAGCUCGUCCGACGAUGAUAGCUCUGACGAUGACGAUGCAGAGAAGGAUGAGGACAAGAAAGACCAAGACAAGAAGGACCAGGAUGGUGACAAGAACGGCAAUAAGUCUGCUAGCUCCAAGGGUUCCACAACACCCCAAGGCAAGCAAAGACACGAUGUCAAGCCUGGCAAGUCUCUCAAGAGAGCUGGCUCACCGGCCCUUUCAGAGUCGAGCGGCAAUGAAUCAUCAAGGAAGAAGAUGAAGAAGGCGGCCUCCAGCACAGGCAGCCGCGCCGGCACCCCAAUGGGCCAAGCUGCCCGGCGUCCCAAGGUCAGCGGUGCAGGAUCCGGUAGCGAUGGCGAGACUACUGCUGCUGAAAUGUCUGACGGCGCUGUGCGCAAGAGGAAGAUCAAGAUUGUCAACAGCAACCGCGGCACUCCGACAGCCUCACGCGCUGGAAGCCCUGUGCCUCCGUCUGGCUCACAAUCAGCACCUAUUGAACCCAAGGAAAUUUUGGAUAGAAUCCCGCCAGAGGGUAUCGAAAUCGGAGAGCUUAUCAAGCCUUUCAAGGCCCGCCUUGGCGAAGGCCCUGGCCAGAUGCCCAAGAAGGACUGGAUCAAGCUUGUCACCCAGCUGUGUGAGAUGGGUCCCAACAAGAAGCUGCGCAAGAAGAAGGAUGCUGCCUAG